AUGGAAACCAUAGAACAAUCACAAGAUGUCAAAGGAGACAUUCCUUCAAUUCCUUUUUCACCACUAUACUCGCCACCUACAAGUCCAUCCGACUCGAAACCAUUCCCUUCCGCUUCACAAACUACUGGUAGACCAAGGGUCAAUGCAUUAUCAGAUCUAAUAGAAAGUGAAAAGGUUUAUGUAUCAGAUUUGAAAACUAUAUUACAGCGCGUAACAUCCUGCUGGGACAUUGACAAUUUACCGCCAACAGAAAUAGAUAGAAUGUUUCGUUUAAUUGAAGGCAUUUAUAAACGAAAUAGAAAAUUUUGCACGAAACUUGUUAAAAUUGGUGUAAACCCUAAUAAAGAAUUAGGUGAUAUACUUAUGACAUGGGUAAAUGAUAUGGAAAAACCCUAUACAAAUUUUUGUAAAAAUUAUAAAGGAGGAUUUGAUCAAUGGCCUGAAAUAAAAGAAAACACGAAUCUUCAACAAACUUUAAAUGAUAUGUCAAUACAAAGGAAUCAACUAGUUUCCUUAGAUUGUUUAUUUGAAAUGCCAAUUUAUCGACUAUAUUAUUAUAAAAAAUUUUAUUUGAGACUUUUAAAAAGUACUGAUCCUGAAAAAUCUGAUCAUGAUCCUUUAGAAAAUGCAAAUAAACGCAUUGAUGACAUAAUUAAAUUGAUAGAAAAAACACCAAUUACAAUCAAUACUAAUGUACCAAUAUUAGAAUCUAAUAAAAAAGCUGAAUUUCAAUCAACAGUCGUAACAUCAAAUACAACAUCAACAGAUAUUAAAGAAAUUACUACUACUCCUACCGACUCAUCACCACUUUCACCAACUUCUAAUAAUACAUCAUUAACAACUACACCUAUUACACCAAUAACUAAUCUCACAACCUCGUCCAGUGUAUCUAGUGUAUUUACUACAUCAACAACGACAUCUACUUAUUCUUCUGGGUCUUCUGCGCCCAGUCAAUCUACUACCACAACUCCAUUAUCUGCUACAUUUGAACAAGAUGAUUUAAACUCAAAUGCGUCACCUGUCAAAUCACCAAUUGAUGUGAAAAUCGAAGAUUUUUCAAGUUCAUUAAAUCAAACUAAUUUUGAAAUCACCAUAAAUAAUUUAGAAACAAUUAUUGAUAAUUCUAAAGCUAUAGAUUUAUUUACAAAGCAACUAAAGAAUGCAAAACUAGUAUUGCUUCCACCAAAUCUACCAUUUAAUCGACAAAUUUUAUUACAUCAUGAUAUUGUUAUUGAAAUACCCGAUUUUGAUGAAUAUAAGAAACCUAAAAAAACUCUUUUAGAAGUACAUUUGUUUAUAUUGACAGAUCUCAUAUUAAUUUGCCAAAUUAACGAGGAUGAGGAUAAAGCAAAAUAUCCAAAUUUUGCAUAUUGCUUAUUGUUUGCUCCAAUAAGUCUUAGAAAUUUAAUGAUUAAAGACCUAAGUGAUGAUCAAGGAGAUAUGCUUGAGAUCACGGUACCUGAAAGAGGAAGUUUCGUUAUUUAUUCCAAUAAUACAGAAAAUCAUAAAACUUUGUGCCAAAUAAUAGCUGGUGCUAUAAUGUUUGUUAAUAAAGCGACUGUGAUAAAACCUCUAGUCUUAAAUAAUAAUCUACGGAAAGUUGGAAGCAACCCACAACUUCAUAAUUCAUCAUUGUCAGCAAGUGUUUUAAGAAAAAGUCCAAGUGCUGACAUUUUGUCAUUAAAUUCUAAUAAACCUUCAUCAAAUGAUAAUGUGGAAGCUGGUUUAUCAUCACGCACACCAUCAUUGCUUUCGACGCCACCAAAAACGCCACCAAAAGAUUACGAUUAUAUAAAAUAUCAAUCAACGUCAAGAGCAAUAUCUGCAUCGCCAUCAAGAUCUUCAUCAUUGUCAUCAAGUUACACUCGUCGACGUUCCAACUCAAUAACUUCUUUAUCUUCCGUGAUGAGUAUUUCUGCAUUCAAAGAAACGAUUUACCAAUCACCGAUAUGUGAAGUAGAAUCUUGGCAUGAUAAUGAUUGGAAACCUUUAACUAAAAAAGAUAAUUGUAUAGUGGAAGUAAGACUAACUACUUCAAAUAAAGGAUGUUGGGCUAUCAUAUUGCCAAAAUCGAGCAAAAUGGUACUUAAUGCAUGGAUUCAUGCAAAUACAAGAAUACAUCAAGAAAAUCCAACAUGCAUUAACAUUUCAUGUGAAACUGCACAGAAAAAUGAAUUUUAUCGUAUCAAAUUUUCUAGUACGACUGAUGCAAUACUAUUUCAUUCAAGUUUAAUGAAAGUAAAACAAUAUGAUAAAGAAUUAAGUCCAGUGAUGAAUCAGACAAAUCAAGGAUUUAUGUCACGAUCAUCAUCAUUACAAGGUAUAGCUACAAGAACAACAUCUGUUGUGGUAGAUCGACAACAAAAGGUACGUGAAUCAGAACAACAAGUUUCACAAGUGAUGGAAUCAAAAUGUCGUCUAUUUUUACAAAACGAUCAUGGUGUAUGGACGAACCUUGGUUGGGGACAGAUGAAAAUAUCAUUGGAAAUGCCAUCAUAUCGUAAAAGAAUUGUUGUGAACUCGGAUAAACAAAAAACAAAAUUAAUUGAUUCAAUUAUUUGGGAAGGUGGUGUAGAGAGGGUUGGUAAGGCCGGUGUGGCCAUCACUAUAAAUAGUACUAACAACGCUACCAAUAGAGCUAUUUAUAUGUUACAAAUGAAAGAUGAAAAAACUGCCAUUAAAACCUGUGAUAUUAUGAAAGAUAAACAACCAAAUUUAUAA